UGGAACUCAGUUUGGCAAUAUGAGUCUACACCCUUUGACCUACUGAUGCCAGCCUUGGGAAAUAAGUAGGUUAAAACCUAAGUAGGGGAAAGGUUGAGGUGUUAGGCGUUCCAGUUUCGUAUUUUAUAAGUAGAGAGAUAGUGGAAACAACCUCUAAUCCCCAAUGAUACACCUAAUGAUAAAAGUAAUAAUACCUUUUUUGGAGCCGAAGGGUUAUAUUUCUUUAAACCAUCACAAAACCUUAUGAAACUAAUAUUCCCAUUUCACGGAUGGACAACUGGAACUCAGGUUUAAAAAAAACCCUUUUUGCUGAAGGAACACAUUUGCUCAUACAGUUUCAGAAUGUCAAGUACUGUGUCCUACUGGAUUUUCAAUUCUGCAAGAAACAGCAUUGCCACAUUACAAGGGGGACAACGUUUAUAUUCAAGGUAUGCCUCAAAUAGGAUUAAAUCAAAAUGGAGGCUCUUUCCCCAGGGGCCAGUCACCCUAAAAAACAGUGCCUCAUGUGGUGGCAUUGCUCUGCAGAAAGCGUAUAGACACACGUCAACAGAGGAAGAUGAUUUCCACUUGCCGCUCAGCCCUGAGCAGGUAAAUGAAGUGCUGCGAGCCGGUGAGUCCGCCCACAAGAUUCUUGACCUUGUCGGUGGUGUCCCAAGUUCGGUGUUGCGGUUUGAGAGCAACCAGCUGGCUGCCAAUUUCCCAGUGGAGGACCGGGGAGGUGUAGCCGCCUGCCUGCAGACCAAUGGGCUGAUGUUUGGCGUCUUCGAUGGACAUGGUGGCCACGCAUGUGCUCAAGCAGUGAGCGAGAGGCUCUUCUACUAUGUGGCAGUGUCACUGAUGUCCCAGCAGACUCUGGAGCAGAUGGAGGGGGCGAUGGAAAGCAUGAAGCCCCUGCUGCCCAUUCUGCAGUGGCUCAAGCACCCAGGGGACAGUAUCUACAAGGAUGUCACGUCAGUGCACCUUGAUCACCUCCGUGUCUACUGGCAGGAGCUGCUGAACCUGCACAUGGAAAUGGGGCUGAGCAUUGAGGAAGCAUUAAUGUACUCCUUCCAGAGGCUGGAUUCUGACAUCUCGCUAGAGAUCCAGGCCGCCCUGGAAGAUGAGAUGACCAGGAACCUUUCACUCCAGGUUGCUUUCUCAGGGGCAACAGCUUGCAUGGCCCAUGUCGAUGGAGUUCACUUGCAUGUGGCAAACGCUGGUGACUGCCGGGCCAUCCUUGGUGUCCAGGAGGACAAUGGCAUGUGGUCUUGUCUGCCCCUCACCCGGGACCACAAUGCCUGGAACCCAACCGAGCUCUCACGGCUAAAGAGAGAGCAUCCUGAGUCAGAGCACAGGACAAUCAUCAUGGACAACAGGCUGCUGGGUGUCCUCAUGCCCUGCAGGGCCUUCGGGGACGUCCAGCUGAAGUGGAGUAAAGAGCUGCAGCGCAGUGUCCUGGAGCGGGGCUUUGACACCGAGGCCCUCAACAUUUACCAGUUCACCCCCCCACACUACUACACUCCACCUUACCUGACGGCCAGGCCUGAGGUCACGUACCACAGGCUGAGGCCCCAGGAUAAGUUCCUUGUGCUGGCCUCUGACGGCCUGUGGGAUGUGCUGGGCAAUGAGGAUGUGGUGAGGCUGGUGGUGGAGCACCUGGCUGAAGUGUGUCGGCACAAGCCAGACCUGGCCCAGAGACCCGCCAACCUGGGACUCAUGCAGAGCCUGCUGCUGCAGAGGAAAGCCCAGGGGCUCCACGCCACCGACCAAAACGCAGCCACACGUCUGAUCAGAUACGCCAUAGGGAGCAACGAGUACGGGGAGAUGGAGCCUGAGCGGCUGUCGGCGAUGCUGACGUUGCCCGAGGACUUGGCGAGGAUGUACAGGGAUGAUAUCUCUGUCACUGUGGUGUAUUUUAACUCAGACUCGAUUGGUGCAUCUUACAAGGGGAGUUAAGAGUCUCCCAUCCUGUUGCCAAGGUUAACUUAAAUGCUCUUCUAAGACAUUUUCACUUAUUCUUAAACUGGCUAUUUACACCUUGUUGUUAAAGGGCAGGCAGAUGUAGCUUGCUUAGUAAUAGACUAACGUGAGAGUAAAAACAGCCUAGGAUUAAAAACAAUAGUAGUGAUUUUAUGUCCCUGCAUGUUUUGGUCACCUCUUCUACGCAGAAAUAGUGGAACACAGAGACCGUAGACUUGGCUGGGGCUCGGGUAACCCAAGUCCUUUUAUAAAGACACUGUUGUUAAACUGUGUCAGCCUGAGCCUGCGAAGUGUAAAAUUAAUCAUGAUUCCAAGGAAAAGAAGAAGUUCAGGAUCUUCUGAGGUCUUGAUACAAAAAUCUGCGAAUUGGUCAUUCUCAAUUCGUAAUCAUGGCCUUCUAGACUAUGAAGGGAGGUUUUGUUUUUUUUUUAUUUUGAACUUCCUAAAGACCUAGGUUUACAAAGCAUAUUACAGGACACUUUUCUAUGCAAUAUUCCAACUUUUUUGUGUGUGUGAUUUUACUUGUGAAAACAUUUUGUAAUGCUGCAUUCUAGUUCCGAUUUAGUUGAUUUUAAAAUUGAGUCCUCAAACUUGCAAACAGGCCUGCUCUAAGCGAGCAUGCUUGGAAUGAGUUUUCUUGGUUUUCAGCUGAGGGUGAAGGUGGCCAGGCCUCUGGACCAGCUGAAUUUAUUUGUGCAGCUUUGGGGCCUUUCCACUGAGUCCCACCCCCUGAACCUUUGAGCCAUGCUAGGAGGUUACUUCUGUCUGAGCCUUAACUCCUUUCCUGCAUUAAUAAAAUUUCCUCCAGGGUUUAGUCAAUCUCUGCAGAUUUACUCAUAGCACUUAACCUUUCUGAUUAUACCUCUCAAACAUUCUUCUAAUUCCACCUAAUGUUUCUUCCCCCUCUGCUAUGCUGAACUCCCUCACCCUGCUGCUGACUGUACAAUACUGUCUAGAAAGAAUGCUCCCAAUUCACAUGGUUGCAGGGAAGGAGAAAAUUCAAGAUUGCAUGUGGUAAUUGUGACAGACAGUGUAGGCAGGACUGCUUAUACAGUGGAUUCUAGACUUAAAAUUCAGCCUGAAUCUGGAGAGGUAAAAACAUGAAGGACCUGGGAACAGUCACUGAGUCUCCCUGGCUGCAUCCCGAGGGGCAGUGGGGAAGAGGGAGGAGUGAGAUUUUUCAGAUGGGACACUUGCCCAUAGACUGUGGGAUAAAUGGCCAUUGCUACUCCUCAGGAACUAGGCCUUAUUUAGUAUAGGAGUUGGGGCAAAAACAGAUGUAACCUGUACUGGCUUCUGUGGGCUGCACAGUCUGUGUUUAUUUGAAAAUUAAACCAUGUGGAUCCUU